GGCCAGGAGAGCUCAGUUCGAGUUGAGAUCUUGCAACGCACGCACACACACCACGCCACGCACUCUCAAGUCUAAAUUAUAGUGAAUCUUUUGCCGCCCGAGUUUUAAAGUGAAUAUAUAUUUAGGAAUCAUGUCGACCAUUAACUUGCAUCCACCCCAGACCUAUUCGCGUCUAUUCCGUCCAUGGGAUUCUACACAACGUCAGGCUCAGACGCCUCCACCAGCUGGCCCUCCAGCAAGGAUAGUGAAAUGUGAACCCGAAACAGUGACUGUCAAAACGGAGCUCCCCACAGCAAGCAGCAGCAGUGGCUAUGGUCAUGAUAGCGAUCGGGACUCCUCGUCGGCAUCGUCUUCAUCGAGCAAGUCCAGCUAUGAGGAUAGCCUGAACAUUAGCAGCUACACACGAACCUCCACGCCGCUAUUGGAUGCCGCACUACAGCCGGCUUACUCCUCCACAUCGCCAGCGGUGCCUUCUGCAUCUCAGCAAGAGCAGCCUCCAUUCCUACCCGGGGCCAGUGAUCUGUACUAUGCUGCUGCCGCAGCUAAUGCCGCCGCAGCUGGUUUUGCCAUGGAUCCCUUUACCUUGGGCCUGAUGGAGCAGGAGUAUGCCCGUGUAAUGGCCGAAGAUGCCCAACUCAAGGCCAUGAAUGCCCGCAAGCAGCGGCCAAAGAAAUUCAAAUGCCCCCAUUGCGAUGUGGCCUUCUCCAAUAAUGGCCAGCUUAAGGGACACAUACGCAUCCAUACCGGUGAACGUCCAUUCAAAUGCGAUGUGGAUACCUGCGGCAAAACAUUCACACGCAACGAGGAAUUGACCCGUCAUAAACGUAUCCAUACAGGACUGCGUCCAUAUCCAUGCAGUGCCUGCGGCAAGAAGUUCGGUCGUCGUGAUCAUCUCAAGAAGCACAUGAAGACGCAUAUGCCACAGGAACGCCAGCUGGCGCCGGCAAUCUUUGUGCCAAUGUAUCCAUAUCUGUAUGGCUACUAGACAAAGCCAAAGACCAGCGGCUCUCCAGCGAUCUGUGAAGCGCUUGCACGCUAUAAAAAUGCCGGCCAAUAUACUUACCUCUAUAAAUUCCUAAAUCCCUUACGAUAUUGCAAUCUGCAACGAUCUACCUCAGCCGUACCUGACGCAAAACUGGCGCACAACUACUCAUCUAUUUCUCAUACACUCAGGGACAGAUGGAUAAGCCCCCAUCCAAUGCAAUCCAUUCUAUACACUAUACAACAUAAGACGAUACGAUACGAUGCGACGAUAUAUGCAAAUAUUGAGCUAUUUAUUUUUUAAUGAAUAUUUACACACUACUUCCACCAACGUGACGCUUCGGGAGCGUAAAGAACCCACACACAUUCACAUACGCACACAGACACACACAUACAUACAUACAUACGUGUGUGUAAAUACCUCCUUAAGUGAUCCUUUCUCAUAUGCUAAGCGAUUAAGAGAUUUAAGAAAUAUACACAAUACAAAAACGAUAUUGAUAAAUAUA